CUGACAGGAUCUGUUCCUGAUUUGAAUCAAAUAAUUCUGCUGCUGGUGAGUGAAGAACUUUCCACGAGGACCAGCCAUGUGUGGGUGAGAAAGCUCAUCGUUUCUGUGUGCUAAACUUUAGCUUUGUUUAGUGUUUUUGUCUUCAGGAACAAGACACAAGGGGAGGGGAAGGGAGAAGAGAGGGGGGGAGAAUAUGUCGGCAAUGUCGCAACAAUGACUUUGUCAGCCUCUUUCUGUACCUUUUUGUGGAAAUGUGAUCGCGUCGAUUUUCAUUUUACGGAUUUGUUGUGGUGUCAAUAUGUAUUUAGCGAAACAAACAUAAUGAAGGACAAACCAUGGACAGGUUGUGAGUGGACCAGAACUUAACCUCUUCCCUUACUGGAGGGAAACACACGGACACGUGAGGAACCUACCUGAAUUCUUGGUUCGCCGUGCGAGGUUUGACCCCUGACUUUUAUCUCUUUGUGCUGCUGGUAAAAAGACAAGAGCAUCCAGAGAGCGUCUCUUAAGCAAACAGAGACCCCCCUCCCAAAGGUGAGAGGGGGGGGGGAAGAUGGCAGCUCUUGCCAGUUCUCUCAUCAGACAAAAACGGGCAGUCAAGGGCGACCAAGCCAACCAGCCAAUAGCCAACAAACGCAAGCCUUGCCCCAAGAGCAACAAGUCCCUUUGCCAGAAACAAAUUCUUGUUCUCAUAUCAAAAGUACGGUUAUGUGGCGGCCGCAGAGGAAGAACAGAAAAAAGACCAGAGCCACAGCUAAAAGGCAUCGUCACCCGUCUGUACAGCCAGCACGGAUACUACCUGCAGAUGCUGCCGGAUGGCACCAUGGACGGCACAAGGGACGAGAACAGCUGCUUCUCACAGUUCAACUUGAUUCCUGUGGGUCUGCGGAUAGUGGCAAUUCAGGGAUCGAAGACUGGCUUCUACCUGGGCAUGAACAGCGAGGGAUACAUCUACACCUCCGAGAAUUUCAACCCAGAGUGCAAAUUCAAAGAGAGCGUGUUUGAGAACUACUACGUGACGUACUCCUCCAUGCUGUACCGCCAAAGCCAGUCUGGACGCUCGUGGUACAUCGGCAUCAACCGGGAUGGCAAAGUGAUGAAGGGCAACCGUGUGAAGAAGACCAAAGCGGCCGCACACUUCCUACCUAAAGUUAUCGAAGUGGCCAUGUACAAGGAACCUUCACUGCAUGAGCUUGUAGCGGAGCAGAGCCCUCCACGCAAAACUGUAAAGACUUCAGACUCCCCUUCUCACCAGAAUGGCAGGAAAGAAGCCCCUAGAGCUGAUGCUUCAUAGCACAGGGGGCACACACAGGGAGGGUGAGGGACUACAUUGACACUGAGAACUCCAUUUUCCUUCAUGCAAUGGGGGCAGGAAGAGCUGUGUAAGUGGCUGCCAUCUGUGGGUUUUUGAAUGGGGCAAGAUCAGACAGCAGCCCCUGGCUCCCUGCAAUGAGCAGAGAAUCCCUGCCGCUCUCCGCUGAACCAGCUCACAUAUAUUUCCACUGACCCGGCCUGACACCUGACCCCCCGUAUGAUUCCAUAAUCCUCUGCAAAAACAUGUUUCUUUGCCCCCACAUGCCCUACUUGAGUUCUCUCAGAAUGUAGGACGAAAAAUGCAAACAAUAUCCAUUCUAACUGAAGAAUUCAAUUGACUUUUCUUUCCUUAUGGUUUCUUUUUGUUUGAACAAAGAGUUUUGGUGUGGGAAUGAGAGCGAGAGAGAGAGAGAGAGAGAGAGAGAGAGAGGUUAUUAUCCAAUAUCAUCAUAAUGAUUCCAGCAGAUGAGACCCUCGCUGGUUCA